GGAUGUGAUAUCUCCUUUCUAACUGCUCUCCUGAAGGCGUCCUGGACACAUUCUUUCAGGGCCUUUGCUACUGGAAGAGCCAGGACUGAACCAGUGACCUCGGGGUCUGACGAGGGAUAAGGCCCAAUACCCCAGAGCCCAGAGCCAAGCUUUCGGGAGGGCGGCUAAGUUUGUGGUGGGCCACAACACUUGCCAUCUGGCCUUUUCCAGAGAAAAUGGGCUACGUUUGGAUGAGAGAUGUGCGACCCCAAGGUGGGGCUGUGCCCACCUGCCCAGGCAGGCCUCAGUGUAGGAGCUGCUCCAGCAACACCACCUGCUCCCCCUCUGGUUUUCAUGGGGCCUCACGAGGAAAACCGCUCGCAGAGAUACCGGGUGAGGGCUUUGUUCUGAAAUAGAGGGUGGUUUCUCAACCAGAACCAGGGUGGAGGUGUGCCUCUACAGGGCUCAGAAAGGGAUUGGCUGGGAUGGUAGGGCACAUGCAGGGAACCAGGUGGGUGGGUGUUCUAAUACGGAGCAGUGUGCCCAGUCAGUGCCUUCCUGGCACAGGAGCCCCCGAUGCCAGGCCCCGGAUGAAAAAGAACCGUCUACACGACUGCACUGUCUGACAGAGGAGCCGCUGUCAUCGCAAUGAUACAGUCCUCAGGCUCAGCCUGCCUUGUGGUUAGGGGAGUUUCAAGAGUGAGCAUGCUCAGACCCCUGCUACUUCCUGAAACCAUUCAGCUGGGCCUGCAGAGGGGUGCUCAGGGCUGCCUCAGGACGGACCUGCUCAGGGCUGCCUCAGGACUUAGGUCCUUUUAAGCUGUCAGAGCCAUCUUUGCAAGGGGCACAAAGCCACAUUGGAGCCACCAUGAGAUCAGAGUCCACCAGUGCAGCAGGAAACAGCACACCUGGGGUCACCUCCAUCCUUCAGACUGCCUCAGUCCCCUCCGCUAAGAUCUGCCACACGUCCUACGAGGAGAGCAGGGUGGUCCUGGUGGUGGUGUACAGUGCAGUGUGCAUGCUGGGCCUCCCGGCCAACUGCCUCACGGCGUGGCUGACGCUGCUGCAGGUGCUGCAGAGAAACGUGCUGGCUGUCUACCUGUUCUGCCUGUCGCUCUGCGAGCUGCUGUACAUCGGCACGCUGCCGCUCUGGAUCGUCUACAUCCAGAACCAGCACAGGUGGAACCUGGGCCCGCAGGCCUGCAAGGUGACCGCUUACGUCUUCUUCUGCAACAUCUACAUUAGCAUCCUUCUGCUGUGCUGCAUUUCCUGCGACCGCUACAUGGCCGUGGUCUAUGCCCUGGAGAGCCGAGGCCACCGCCACCAGAGGACUGCCGUCAUCGUUUCUGUAGCUGUGUUCGUUCUUGUUGGGCUCGUUAACUAUCCCGUGUUUGACAUGAAGAUGGAGAGGAACUCCUGCUUUGAGCCCCUGGUUAUGAACAGUAAGAUAGCAAGCUACCACUACCUGCGUUUCACCUUUGGCUUCGCAUUCCCUCUGGGCACGCUAGCCUUCACCAAUCACCGAAUCUUCAGGAGCAUCAAGCUGAGCUCGAGCCUGAGCGCUGCACAGAAAGCUAGGGUGAAGCGCUCUGCCACGGCCGUCGUCGCCAUCUUCCUGGUCUGCUUCGCUCCCUACCACCUGGUGCUCCUCAUCAAGGCUGUUAGCUUUUCCGCCGUCGGAGGAGACGGGGAUGCCGUGUGCGCCUUCGAAGGCAGGCUGUACACAGUCUCCGUGGUGUUUCUGUGCCUGUCCACGGUCAACAGCGUUGCCGACCCCAUCAUCUACGUGCUAGCUACAGACCACUCUCGGCAAGAGGUGUCCAGAAUCCACACAGGGUGGAAAAAGUGGUCCACAAAGACAUCCGUUACAGACUUUAGGGACUCAGAGGAGACGCGCUUGCCCACAGCGCUUGCAAACGCCUACACCUUCCCCAAGCCGGUGCACCCUCCAGGGUCACAGCUGGCUCAGCUGGACCCGCUGGACCCGCAGUGCUCCCCACAGAGACUGCCUGAGGAAUUCUGCUAAGCCCAGGCCACCUCGGGGUUAGGAUGCCAAGCCUCGAAACCAGCCUGUCACGUAUUCCUUUGAGCCACUGGCUAGGGUGUUCACAGCACUGUAGAUGUCAUUCUGGGGGACACACUGCUGAUCCUCCCUUCCUAAGGCUGCUCAACUCUGUAAACGUCUAUUUCUUGGAUGUCCAAGACCUCCAGACCCUCCUAUAUGGAAAGUGGCAGUGUUCUGAGAGCACCAGUCAUACCCCUAGGCUGCCAGGGACUCGGGGAGCGUGUGACUGGCAGGAGAGCUCGUCAGCAGCAGCUUGCUCUGCAGGGUCCCAACAGCAUCAGCAGGGUACUUGGCAGAGCCCUGGAUGAUGGCUUUCUCUUCUGUGCAUUCCUGUAUUGUCCAGUGCCUACUGCAGUGUAUGUUGGGACUUUCCACAGGGGCAGACAUGACCUGCAUCCAGGUUUAGCAUCAUGGUUCUUAGGGGCUGUGACAUGGCCAAAGAGCCAUGGGGGGCUAGGAGUCCUACCCCGAGGGCUCCCACUAGAGGUUGGUUCUGUAUAGACAUAAUUGUCUUCUUCUUCUUCUUCUUCUUUUUUUUUUUUUUUUUGGUUUUUACGAGACAGGGUUUCUCUGUAUUGUUUUGGAGGCUGUCGGUCCAGCCCAGCCUCGAACUCACAGAGAUCCGCCUGCCUCUGCCUCCCGAGUGCUGGGAUUAAAGGCGUGCGCCACCACCGCCCGGCUGACAUAAUUGUCUUCUAGGGGAGCCAUGGGGCAUGGUGGCCAGUUGCCCCAGCUCCUGGUAGCCCCAUAUGUCCUCCCUAGGGAGCCCUCUACUAUUUCCAUUAGGAAGUGCCAGUGGGCACCCCAGAAAGAGGUUGACAUGGCUGCUACCGGAUAAGGGGGUAUCCGGCAUCUGGCAUGCCUUCCUUUGCCUUGCAACUUCUGGCCCCAGCAUCACAGGGGAAGUAGGCUGGGAUCUCCUGAAAGGGCGAGUCAGGGGGAAGGCUCUCCGCCCCGUUUUUCUCCAAUGCCGGAUGGGAGAUGAAGACCUCAGGGCUCCCCCAUAAGAGCCUUGUCUUGGCCCAGUCAGACCCAUGCUUUGUUAUCUACCUCGCCAGGUCACUCACUGUUGGGACUGACCCCUCCCCCCAAGAGUCUCCCACACACGUGGCGUACCAGGGCUAGAGACGAUGACCUUAGCGUGCUUUGGAGCCGGCCCCUCUGAAGCUCACACACGCAUCACAAAGUUGCACAGAGCCGGUGGUGAGAAAUGACGUCUGAGGUUAACUUUUGAUCUUCACCGCGGAAAGUGUUGAGAAAAACGAGAACAAGAACACGGAAAUACAAGUUGGUCCAAAUCUC